AUGUACCAGUUUGGACAUGGCUGCGUCGCGGAGUGGGUUUGCCGCGUGUUGAUUUUCGUCUUCUCGCCUGUACACCUGCGGCCGCGCAUAACAGGUAUCAGGCGAGGUUUAACCACAGCAGCCGCGGCCCCGGGGAAGAGUGAAGCGGAACACUUAACAAACCCGCUCCACGUCUGCCACGCUCGCAAAGUGAAGUCAGUGUCAGUGCUGGAGGGAGAUUCUGUCUUUCUAAACACUGAUGUUAAAGUACAGAGAGAUGAUCAGAUUCUGUGGAUGUUUGGACCUCAAAACACUCGUAUUGCUGAUAUCCACAGACAAAACAUUUAUAUAGAUGCCACUAAUACAAUAUUUGAGAACAGACUCCAGAUGGACAAUCAAACUGGAUCUCUGACCGUCAGAAACAUCAGAUCUGAACACUCUGGACUUUAUAAACUACAGAUCAUCAGCAGCAGAGGAACAGAAGAGAAGUUGUUUAAUAUUUCUAUUUAUGGUGUUAUUGGUGAUACAGAUGAAGUGAAGUCAGUGUCAGUGACUGAAGGAGAUUCUGUCUUUCUAAACACUGAUGUUAAAGUACAGAGAGAGGAGCAGAUUCUGUGGAUGUUUGGACCUCAAAACACUCGUAUUGCUGAUAUCCACAGACAAAACAUUUAUAUAGAUGCCACUAAUACAAUAUUUGGAGACAGACUCCAGAUGGACAAUCAAACUGGAUCUCUGACCGUCAGAAACAUCAGAUCUGAACACUCUGGACUUUAUAAACUACAGAUCAUCAGCAGCAGAGGAACAGAAGAGAAGUUGUUUAAUAUUUCUAUUUAUGCACGUCUGCCUGCUCCUGUCAUCACCAGAGACUCUUCACAAUGUUCUUCAGGAUCAUCCACAUCCAAUUGUUCACUGCUGUGUUCAGUUGUGAAUGUGAGUGCUGUGACUCUCUCCUGGUACAAAGGAAACAGUUUAUUGUCCAGCAUCAGUGUGUCUGAUCUCAGCAUCAGUCUCUCUCUACCUCUGGAGGUGGAAUAUCAGGAGAACAACAUCUACAGCUGUGUGAUCAACAAUCCCAUCACAAACCAGACUGAACACAACAUCAACAUCACUCAACUCUGUCAGCCAUGUGCAGGACUGGAUAACCGUUCGAAACACAUGAUGCCAAAAGCCCUUAUAGCCAUUAUAACAAUUAUAGCAGUGCUGCUUGCGUGCAUAGCUGCAGUUGUAGGUUUGAGGAAAAAGAAGGCAAGACAAUAG